CCUUCAAGUGGCUUCUAGUACACCUGGCUGGCGUACAGUCCGAAAAUUUUAAUGAACCUCGCCCCGGCCGUCAGAAGCAUGUUCCCUGCCAUAAUCUGCGGCAAGCGUGCUGUGGACAGGAGUGUGGUCAGCCUGAUGAGCGACCGACUCAACGCUGUCUCGAUGAGCAAGGUGCAGAGGCUGCUGCAGCAGGGCCACGUUGAGUGGUACGUGGAGCGUCGGGACCUGUACCAGACUCUCCUGUACGAUGCCCACACGUCGGCGGCUGGAUCGUCUUCAUCUCAGCAAGGCAUCCUGUCGUUUGCCAGAGCAGCCGGCACUUACACCCCUCCCAUCGCCCCGUCUCCCCUUCCGUCUGCUCGGGUCCUGAGGCGUGCACACCUGAUUCUGGAGAUGGAGAAGAUGCCCGUGUACAGGGACCAAAUCCUCAGUACGACUGGGGAAAUCUUGUGCAUCGACGGCACGAGGAAGAUUCUCAAGAAGAUCUACGGCGACGGCCAGGGCACCAUGCAGUACGUCACCAGCGUGCUGAAUGAGUGGGGUCAGUUCUUGACCACAGUGGUGGUGGCAUCCGAGUCCGAGGGCUGCUACGCACGCAUGGCCAGAGGUCUGGUCGCCCGCUUUCGCCGUGCCAACGCUCCUGCUCCAAAGUGACAGCGGUUCGUCGUUUUUGGAGAAUCUGUUUGGUGACUGGGUGAAGUGGGGUACCGUCAUCAGGCUGGACAUCCGCCACUGGCUGCACCGCUGGGACGCUGUCGUGAUCAAGCAGAGCCACGCCAAGUA